CCACAUGCUUGUUGGCUUCAUGAUGACAAAAUAAUGGCAAUGGGGCAGCGGAAGGUUUUCCUGCGUUUAAGGUAUUGUAGCGAAUUCGGGGGACAACGUAACCACAGCCCGAAUUCGCUACAGUAUGAUUUAUUACAUUUGUUGACUUGUUCCGAUGCGUGCCAACUCCACCAAACCAAAUGAUGGUUGUAGUUUGGUUGAAUGCUUUUCCGGUAACCAACGCUUUAUUAUUAUUCUCGUGUGCACUGUAUUGCCUGUAAAUACAAUGCGACUGAAACACCGCCAGGGGCAGUAAAGAGUUGAGCAGUCGGUGAAAGCUGUUGGCUUCGUUUGGUGGGCAGGCACAAACGCCAGAGGAAAGAAAGCACCGCGAGCGCCCUCACGCCCGCGCUAAGUUACGCCCCUCUCCUCUCUUGCAGCGUUGCGGUUCACAGACGGAUCCCUCUCCACUCUGCCAAAGCAGGAUCGCUGACAGUAACCUGCGUAGGCGUAUUAACGCGUAGGUCAACCUGCACUGAGCUGCGAACAGGUUUUGGGGCUUAGUAGGAGAUGUAAAUAUGUCGUUUGCUUUUCCGACUUAAGGGGCGUGUUGUCACCGAGGCUGUUUAAAAGAGAGAGAGAGAGAGAGAGCGAGAGAGAGAGAGAGAAAGUGCAGUGUUUGUGCAUAGGGCGACAGCAGCAGGGUUUAUUAGCUAGUCUAGUAGACUGUAUCAACAGAUGUGUGCGUGCGCGUCCUGCUGAGAGCACUGCGGCGGUGGAUCUGGACGGAGGCGGCUCUUGCACGCAGUGGUCACCAAGCAAGGAACAUGGAGGCAGUCGGCCCUUUUCGUCUCCAGCAGAAGGGCUAGAGGAGCAGCCAUCGCUGGCGUGCGUUGACUGAGACCUUCCUCCUUUCACCAUGGCCACCAGGAGUCCCACGAGGAGUCCCACCCUGAGCCAGACAGCCAGGGGCUCAGCACAAGGGACCCCUGUUGCUGGUGCCAACCCCCAGCCAGACCCCAAGGUCUUCUGUAAGCUGUGCCUUAGUGAGCACCCCUCAGCAGCCAUCAGGACAUUGCAUGCCUGCAACUGUGUCUUCUGCACAUCGUGUCUGCAGCAGUAUGUUGGGCUGGCUAUUAGAGAGGGUGCGGGUGCAGCCGUCACCUGUCCAGAUAUGGCCUGUCAGAAGACAGGAACCCUACUGGACUCUGAGAUAGCUAGUUUGGCUCCAGAGGAUCAAGUGGAGUUGUACCAGCGUCUGAGAUUUGAAAGAGGGGUGCAGUUGGACCCAAGUAAAGCCUGGUGCCCCAUGGUGGAGUGCCAGGCAGUGUGCAGUGUGAAGGCCAGCAUGGAGGGACAGCCCACCGCUGUGCCCUGCCCAACCUGCCACACCGUCUUCUGUUCUGGAUGCAGAGGAGCCUGGCAAGAUGGGCACACCUGCCCUGAGUGGCAGCCCAUGAUGCCGUCCUCACCCUCCUAUGAAAGCAGGGCGCGGUCCAGUAGUGACACUGAAAUGCCCAUCAAGCAGUGUCCCGUGUGUGGCAUCUACAUAGAGAGGAACCAGGGUUGUGCCCAGAUGCUGUGCAAAAGCUGCAAACACACCUUCUGCUGGUACUGCCUGCAGAAUCUAGAUGGUGAUAUAUUCCUGAGGCAUUAUGAUAAGGGGCCAUGCAGAAACAAGCUGGGCCACUCCAGAGCGUCUGUCAUGUGGAACCGAACACAGGUGGUGGGUAUCCUGAUAGGGGUCAGUGUCAUAGUGCUGGUGACCUCACCUCUCCUCCUGCUGGCCUCCCCAUGCAUCUUAUGCUGUGUCUGCAAGCCCUGUAGAGGGAGGAAGAAGAAGAAGAAAAAGAGGAAGAAGGACCACGGCCAACCAGACUCCACCAUGUCAUGAUAGAACCAACAGCGGCCCUCCACCUCAUUUCCGUGGCCCAGAAUGACCCCACUUCACUUCCGUGGCCCAGAAUGACCCCACCUCACACACACACACACACACACACACACACAAUCCACAUAUAGCCAUAUGCCUGAGGAAAUUAACUGGGUGGUUUUAUUGGUCUAAGUGGAACAUGGAUGGAGGAAAAUAAUCAUAUUUCAUCCCGAUCCAAUACACCACAAUCAUUAAUAGAAUAUUUUUGCAUUGCCCACCAGUCUACUCAGUAUGUGGGAAUGCUGAACAGGUUCAAGGGAAUGGUUAUUGGGAAUGAGAAAUUGAAAUGAGACUUGGCAGUUAGAGACUCAGUGUUGAUUUUGACCACACUGCUAGUGAUACAGCGACACAGCCGAGAUGGCACAAAUUCUCCACCAGUGUGUCAGAGGGCAAGCUGAAUGAUACUUUUAUGUUUUUAUGUAAAAAGAAAGCCACUUUUGAAACAUAAAAGCCUAACUGUCACUCAAAUAACAAUUUAUUCCUUAUCUAGAGGUAAAAAAAAUGGCCAGAGUACAGUGACAACAAAUGGGUUUUGAUACCUAUGCAAGUUUGUUACUCUUACAUUAUAAUUUCACAUGCACAAGAGGUUUUAAAGGUGAGAAAAGAAGGCUUAGAGGAUGCUCCAGGGCCUCUGUUAUUGCUCACAUAGACACACGCAGCACCACCUUCAUAUGCCAAAUGUCAUGUUGCCAAACCAGUCGUGUUAGGUGCACAAAGUGCCUCACCCUACAGUGCCUGGUGUUUGGUGGAAUUUGUUUUGCCUUCCAUUCGAUCUUAUGCAAAAAUUUUAGCGUUGUCGUUCAUAAGAAUGGACAGCCACUUGCUUUACAUAGGAUUGAAAAUCCCUGAUGCGAAGUGUUCUUUCAUGAUGUGAGAAUGCGUUGGCGUCAUGUGUGCACUGUACUGUGGAAAUACUAUAGGGCUUCUGUGGUGCACAGAGAAAUGUUCUGCUGUGAAUGUCUGAUGUUUCCACCUAGUGUGUGCUCAGCCCAAAAGGCGCUGAUGGGGAAUGGGUACGGUUUAGAAUGUGUGUAAAUAUGUAUUUAUGGAUCAUGUGUGUUCGGUGUCCCGUUGUAGUUUUUACUUCUCUGUUGAUGUUUCUGCAUCAGAUAUUUUAUAAAAGCCGCAUUGUAAUUGAAUAAACAUACUGAA